CUGGGAGACGGAGGCUUUCUGUUUGUCCUCUCAGGGUUUUGGUUUGGCUCCUCGUAAAGAAAUGAAAGUCUUCCAACCUUUCUUCCUUGAACUCACCAUGCCCUACUCCAUCAUCCGGGGGGAGCACUUUGAACUGAAGGCGACUGUCUUUAACUACCUGACCAGCUGCAUCAUGGUUACUGUCACUCCUGGGCCGUCCUCAGAUUACACCCUCAUGCCUCUCUCUGGUGAUCUGUACACAUCCUGUUUGUGUGGCAACGAGCGCAAGACCCUCAGGUGGACCAUGAUCCCAACAGCCUUAGGGGCUGUGAAUGUGACUGUGUCUGCUGAGGCGGUAGCGUCCCAUGUGUCAUGUGAUAAUGAGGUUGUGAGCGUACCGGACAGAGGUCGCAUCGACGUUGUCACCAAAUCUCUCAUAGUGAAGGCCGAGGGAACUGAGAUGACAAAGACGUACAACUGGCUUCUUUGUCCAAAAGGAAACACACCGAUAGAGGAAGCAGAGAUACAUCUGCCUGAGAACGUGAUUGAAGGAUCUGCCCGCACUUCUGUAUCAGUCCUGGGUGUCAUCCUCGGCCGGGCUCUGAAAAACCUGGAUGGAUUGCUGCAGAUGCCGCAUGGAUGUGGGGAGCAGAACAUGGCUCUCCUGGCCCCCAACAUCUACAUCCUCCACUACCUGAAAGGCACACAGCAGCUCACCACAGCCAUCAUGGAAAAAGCUACUAACUUCCUCACCAGUGGAUACCAAAGACAGCUCAACUACAAAAGUGACGACGGUGCUUACACCACAUUUGGAGCAGGACCAGGAAACACUUGGCUGACUGCGUUUGUGGUAAGAAGUUUUGCCAAAGCUCAGUCUUUCAUCUAUAUUGAUCCCAGAACGAUCGAAGAGUCUAAGACCUGGCUGGAACAUAAACAACAAGAAACUGGCUGUUUUGAAAAGUCUGGGAAACUCUUCAACAACAGAAUGAAGGGUGGUGUAUCUGAUGAAGUGACUCUCAGUGCGUACGUUACUGCUGCCUUCUUGGAAAUGAAUAUAUCCCAACAUGUGAGUAGACUCAAAGAAUAUCGAGCUAUUUAAACAAAAAUUGAACAUAGAGUUAGCC